AUGGUGACAUUAAUCACGAUAAUUAUCACCAUUUGCCAUUUUGUUCAUUGUACGAAUCAUAAUAUUGUUCAUCAUGGUCAUCAUGAUUACAGUGCAAUCAUCAAUGAUAAUAUAAUUGAAGAGGAGCCAAUUCCAUUGAAUAGUAUUGAAAAAGCAAACGCUGCAUUUAAAUGUCAAAGUGAUGGCUAUUUUGCCGAUGUUGCUUAUGGAUGCCAAUUUUAUCAUGUCUGUGAGAAUGCCAAUAAUCCAUACGAUAAACCGUCAUUUGUAAAGCAUACAUUUUCCUGUGUAAAUGGUACCGUAUUCAAUCAAAUGUCAUUCACAUGUACACGUUAUGAUGAUUCAAUACCAUGUGAUGCAUCACCAUCAUAUUUUUACCUCAAUAAACGUAAUGGUGAUCCAAAACAUCAUCAUCACAACCACUAUAAUAAUUAUCAACAACAACAACAACAACAAAACCACAAACAACAUCGACAUCAUUACCGUCGGCCGAAACAACAACUGGAUAGAAAUGAACAUCGUAAUCGUUUAAUAUCCUCGUCAUCAUUAAUUCUGGAACAUUCAACAACAUUGAAAAAUAAUCAUCGACAACCACAUCUUCAUCGGGCACCAUCACCAUAUGAAUUGGAAACACCAAAAACUUAUUUAUCCACCGGUGGUGGUGGUGGUGGUAGUAAUGGCGGUGGCAAUGGUAGAAGUAGUAGUAGUACGAUCACAACACCGGUAAUAAUUCAUAAAUAUCCAAAAUAUGAAUCAACCCCGAACAAAUUGAUGAAUACAUAUGUUCCAAUGGAUUAUAAUACUAAUCGACAAAUUAAUUCAAAAUCAUUAUCAUCGACAUCGACAUUGGAUAAAAAACUUUUCAAUUAUGGCCCAUUACGGCAAACAACAACCGUAUCGUCAUCAUAUGAUGGAAAUAUUUCAAUCGAUAAUUUGAAACCAACAACAGCAACAUAUACAACGAAAUUGGAUACAGAUAAUUUAUCAUCAUAUGAGAUUAUGAAAAAAUAUUCAUCACCAAAGAAUGCUGUUGACACAUCAACAACAGAUCGACCAUUAAUCGAUUACGGGAAUAUAUCGCCAACACCGAUUAGUGCACAUAAAGGUAGUAGCAGUACAUUUACACCGGCAACAUUUUCACAGCUUUAUAUUGAAAAUCAAAAAGCAUCAAAAUUGGAACCAAUUCCGGCUUCAUAUGUACGUUUAGUUGAACAAAGACAACAACAAAUGCAGCAACAGCAACAGCGAAAUAAACCAACAACACUGAAAGCAUUCAAUCAUAUAAAUGAACAAUUGAUAUCGUUGACACCGAUGAAUAAUAAAACGGAACAAUAUACAAAAAUUGGAUCUAAUCAUCAACAUCAUCAUCAUCAUCACCAUAAUCAUGGUUCCGUUUUACCAUCACCAUUGUCAUCAUCAACAUUGUCUAAAUAUGAACAAUUAAUUGCACAAAGUUUAGCACAAAAUAAUAAUGGCCAUUCAACACAAAUUAGUCCAAAUCAUUAUGUAACUGUUGCAUCACCAAUACGUAUUAUUGAACCAACACGUGAAAUUUCACGAUCAUUGAUAAAUAGUAAUGGUAAAGAUCAAACAUUAUCAUCAUCAACAACAAUAAUUGAUGACAAUGUUGAUAAUAAUCAACAACAACCGGUAAAGAUUUCUUUUGUCAAUGAUAAUAAUAAUAUGGUCAAACAGAUAAAAGGUAAAAAUUUACUAAUCGAUCCAUCAUUGGAGAAUGAUCCGGAACGUGAUAGUAUCAUUGCACAAGUAUUGGAAAUGUUGAAUAAAUAUAAUUGA